AUGGAAGGACGAACCCUAGAAGAAGACCAUCCGAAGUUGUCCAGCACAUUUGCUCCCUUCGAGUGGUUCUUAUCCACGCGAGUGGGAAGCUAUGCACACCUCUGGGUAGGCAGCCGCCGAGCAGCGAAGAUGGGGUGGCACGGUACGAAAAUUCUUCUGGACGUACUCAAGGAAUCUUCCGACGCCUUCCCACCGCUCAAAUCCGCAGUUGGAGGACUAUUGGCCCUCAUUGCAGUAUACGAGCGGACAAAAUCAAACGAUUCGGACUUACAGAAUAUUCUGCAUCGGAUCGAUCGCUUGCUAGGUAUCCUCGGAGAUCGUCUUCGUGGAGAUCGCCACGUAGUACAUGGCUUCGCGGACGAAUCCUUUGCGAAGAUGUUGAUCAUGUACCUUGCAAAGUUGGAGGAGAUGACACGCCGAGGCAGUUUGGUUCGCGUCGCGCAUAGUAUCCAGAUCGGAAAUGAGCUGCGAGAUGUGUGCACGGCGAUCGAGCGGGCAAUACAGGAGCUUCAGUUGCGUAUAGGGCUUUCGUUGGAGAGCCUCACGCGGGCAGUCCUGAAAGAGGCUGUCUUACAGAAUCUGCCGCGAGCCAAAGAUGCGGCAUAUAGUGCCGCUGUGGCAAUUGAUGGCGUCCGGAGACGACACUGCACUCCAGGGACACGAAACGACAUCUUGGAACAGAUAAUGACGUGGGCACUUGACGAGGACGAACACACUGCACCCGUCUACUGGAUCUCCGGUCUUGCUGGACAGGGGAAGACCACCAUCGGCUAUACAAUCUGUGAGCGACUCGAAAAGCUCCGGGAGUCUAAGGAAGUUGCGUUCGUGUCUCUCUUUUGCUCUCGUCAGCUUGACACUCAUGACGAACGUUUCCUGGUUUCCACUUUGGCACAUGGGCUUGCUGAUUGUUCUGCUUCCUAUGCCUCUGAGCUGGUCGAAGCUCUCAAGGCUGAACGUACACUGGGCGAUCAAAGUCUCAGUAUCCAGAUGUCGAAGUUGUUCAUCCGCCCCUGGCGGAGGAGUGAACGUAUUCGGGAAGGAUUGCGCCCCUUCAUUGUCGUCAUUGACGCUUUGGACGAGAAUGAAGCCGGAGCAGAGUUCAUCGAGCUCAUUCUCUCUGCGUCCCGCGCGGGGGAGCUCAAGGGGCUUCGCAUUCUCCUUACGAGUCGCCCAGAGCCUUCGAUCAGGCACCUCUGUGAGUCCAUUGACGGACGCGCCGUGUGUAACCUCAACGAGGUCACAUACGCUGUGGUAGAUGGAGAUAUCUUGAACUUCUUGUAUACAGAACUCCCAGAACAUCGCAACCAGCCAUACCUCAGGGCUUUAGGUCGAGUUUCUGGCGGGCUUUUCAUCUAUGCUUCCACGGCUGUUCGCCUCGUAAACGGGAAACUCAGGACAAUAAAGGAGCAGAGACUCAAGAUCCAACAGAUCAUCGAUCAUACGUCGACGCAGUCAUCUGAAGGCAUCCUUGAUGGACUAUACGCAGAGAUCAUAGAAGAUGCGUUCGAAACAUUUGAUGCUAUCGAAAGAGGCGCCAGGGAGCGCAUUCUUCUCGUUGUGGUUUGCACAUCUAUGUCCCUACCGUUGUCCCUCGUGGGAAUACUUGCGAAUGCGGAGAGGCCGCUCGUACGCAAAGUGGUCGAGGCUCUUUAUUCAGUCCUCUACAUUGAUGUCUCUGGCAAUGUGCGCUGGCACCAUGCCUCAUUCCAAGACUACGUCCUUGCUACCUAUGAAUCAUCGAUGCCGUCCAUCCGCCUUCACAUCAUUCGCCGGUGCAGGGAUAUCUUGUUGACAACCUCGACAACCCCGUUCACGGAGACUGACCUCGGUGAACUGAUCAGUAUGAUACUACCCGACGACGUCUCUAUCUCUGAUGCCCUUGCCACGCAAAGGCUCGUUGAUCUACUGACCAACAUGGUAUUACGUCCAGAAUCGAGGCAGCAGGAGUUGAAGAGACAGCUGAAGGAAAAGCGGAAGGCGGAAGCCAUGGCUAAAACACUGCUGCUGAGGGGGAGCUUAGAGAGCACCAGGAGCAGUUAUCAUUCUAGGUUCAACUCAGACGAAAAGGGUACAGAUAUGGGGCAGGAGCAGCACGGAGUAGAAGAACCAGUGGGGCUGCUAAGCGUCAUGGAGCCGUUGAAGCCGCGGUGGCACAACCUCGAGUCCAUACCUUCCACAUCAGCUUCGACAUCCUCAGGACCAUUUCUCAGUCCUGGUGUUGGCGUGACGAAGGCAGAGGAACAGGCUAUGGAUGCGAACCAGGCGGAAGACCACAUACGACAGUUCGCGGGCUUGACGCGGGCUGAUUUUGUGGCCAUACAGAAGAGGUUGAUCGAACACGAGAAUGCCCGUGAGAUGCGUAGGAAUAGGAGAGACUCGUGGAGAAGGAGGAGGAGGAGUCUGAGCGCGAGUCGGAGUGCGGCGCCGCAGCUCGCUGAGGCAGUCUCCGAGCCUAUGCGUAUGAGGGCAGAGGGAGGACUGAGAGACGCAGAUCAGGGCUCGCAACCUACCCCAGUCCGACGCACUAAGAUGCGCUGA